AGUGAAUCCAAACCAGACUAAAAAGAGGUUAAAGGGAGCUAGCUAGGUGGUUCUUCCGUGGAGUCAUCCAUAAUGACGAGUACUGUGUUAGUUCUCAUCAUCUUCCUCUCAACUUCUAUAUUGUCAUCACUGUGUUCCCACGGCGACGAGGUGUCAGUGGUUAUAGUGUCCAAGGACGGAGAUGGAGAUUAUGGAAGUGUGAGUGAAGCCAUAGCCAAAGCUCCAGAAUUCAGUGAAACCCCCUACACCAUCCAAGUCCGAAGCGGCACUUAUAAGGAGUUCGUCGUGGUUCCGCGGGAGAAAACCAACAUUAAGCUCGUCGGCGACGGCCCUAGUCAGACCAGAAUAGUCGGCUCUCACCAUGGCACCACACUAGAUGUCUAUGGAGAAGGGUUCGUCGCCGAGAACAUAGGGCUGAUGAACUCGGCCGGAUUGAAAGCAAGCGCCGCUGUGGCGGUUCGCAACGAAGCCAACAACAGCAUCUUCUUCCAAUGCUCCAUCGAAGGCUUCCAAGACACACUCUGGGCCGUCGCCGGCCGCCAGUUCUACAAGAACUGUGACAUCUACGGCACCGUCGACUUCAUCUACGGCGACGCCGCCGCCCUCUUCCAGGACUGCAACCUCUACGCUCGCUACCGCCCUUACGUCACCUUCACCGCCCAGUCCCGUCGCAGCCCCGACGACCACACUGCCUUCGCCUUCCAACACUGCCACUUCACGAUGGCCCCCGAGGACGCCGCCAUGAAGUCCAAGGUCCGAGCGACACUGGGGAGGCCAUGGAGGCCGUAUUCCACCGUCGCCGUCAUUGACUCGUUCAUUGACUCUAUGGUGGACCCCACGGGUUGGGAAGAGAUGCAAGGUCAGCCUACCGAUAAGGUGACGUAUGUGGAGUUUAACAAUUAUGGGCCUGGGUCCAACACAUCUGGGAGAGUGAACUGGCCCGGUGUUAAAGUCCUUUCAGACCCAAAUGAGGCCCAACAAUUUACAGCUUCGGUUCUGUUAGAUGCUGAUUCUUGGAUCCCACACAAGGGGGUUCCAUAUAAUUGAUGGAGAUUCAUUUAAGGGUAUUCAUUGGGCCAACCGCCCCAAAAAUCCUGGUUGGGCCCAAUUAUGAAACACCCUAUGAUUAAAUUUUAAUUUUGCACCCUACACCUCAACUCUUUGAACUUAAUUUACAUUUUCAGCAUAAUUGUUGUUUGUUACGUUUAUAUUCUAUCCAAGUGUCAAAAAAAAUUACCAUCAAGGAAAUUCAUUAUAUUGUGACCUUGCCUAAAAA